AACGCCAACGCGGACCUCUGUUCGGUGAGCGCUGCUGUGGGAGAACUACUGUGUAGCUGUCAAAAGCCGGAACGGCUUUGUGAUCAUCUUACUUUCACCUCUUUAAAUGUAUGCCUCCACCCCAGAAAUCAACCAUGAUGCUGCUGAGUUCACUGGCAUACCUCUACUUCCUCGCUGCUGUUGCCUUUGCUGUUCCUGCUCAGGAGAAGCGUGUCCAUCACCAGGCUGAUCUGAGUGACCAUGUCCACGACGAUAGUCAAAACUACCAGUAUGACCACGAGGCCUUCCUGGGCAAAGAAGAAGCCAAGACCUUUGACCAGCUGACCCCUGAGGAGAGUAAAGGAAGGCUGGCAAAGAUUGUGGACCGCAUUGACACUGACAAGGAUGGAUACAUCACCCACUCAGAGCUACACAAAUGGAUCAAACAUAGGCAGAGGAGGUACAUUGAGGAAAAUGUGAACAAGCACUGGAAGGACUACGAUGGGAACAAGGAUGACAAGAUUGCCUGGGAGGAGUACAAGAACACUACCUAUGGCUACUAUCUUGGUGAGGACUUCGAUGACAUUGAAGACAAGCACACGUAUAAAUCCAUGCUGGCCCGGGAUGAAAGACGCUUCAAGGCAGCUGACAAAGAUGGUGAUGGUAUUGCUACGCGUGAGGAGUUCACUGCCUUCCUUCAUCCUGAGGAGUUCGACUAUAUGAAAGACGUGGUGGUGCAGGAAACUGUGGAGGACAUUGAUAAGAAUGGUGAUGGAAAGAUCAACCUUAAUGAAUAUAUUGGUGAUAUGUUCACACCAGAGGACGGCGAAACGGAGCCUGACUGGGUCCAGACUGAGAAGAAACACUUUGUAGAGUUCAGAGAUGUCAACAAGGAUGGCUACCUGGAUGCCGAUGAAGUGGCCCAGUGGGUUUUACCUGGAGAGAUUGACCAUGCUGACAAUGAGGCCAAGCACCUGAUCCAUGAGACGGACACAGACAAGGACGAGAAAAUCACCAAGAAGGAAAUUCUGGCUAAUUGGAACAUGUUUGUGGGCAGUCAGGCAACCAAUUAUGGUGAAGAUUUAACAAAGAAACAUGAAGAACUUUGAUGAACUGUCCUUGGGAAGUUUGGGUUUGGAAGGGAAUAUUUAGAUUAGGUUUACGGAUAGAAUGGGUUUCACUUAAGUCUGGAAAGUAAAGUUUUGACUCUUAAUUAUGCUGCGAUCAUGGUUUAAUCAUGUCCCCUUGUUCAUGUAUGGAACUUUGCAACUAGAGAUGCACCAAGAAAUUGGUUGGUGACCAGAAUCAGCAGAUGUUCCGCCUGAGUGGCCCUGACUAGUAUUCUGCCAGUAAGACUCAAAAAUUCUGUCGUUCUUCUGAUCAGUGAAUGCACCAUACUAAGAACUACCAGGUCUUCCUGACAACAUACCUGUUUGUUGUGGAUGCAGUAACGGCAGGUGGAAGAGCAGAACUUAGCCUGAAGAUUCUGAUUGGUGCAUCUCUGUUGCUUCCACAGACACAUGUUUCUGGAUGCAGUCACAUACUGUGUAUGUAAGGACAGGCAAUGUGAAGAAAUAUGCAGUCCUUCCUGUGUUUUUAUAGUUUAUUUUUUAAUACUUUGGUAAAUGAUCACAUAACAGGUUGAGGUUAUAAUGUCCAAUUUGGAUUUAAGUGGAUUCUGAUGGGAAACUAUGUUGUUUGUCCAAAAAGAGGAAUUAUUCUUAUAUAAUAAAUGUGCGUGAAUUUAUCAAGUUUAGCCACCAAAAAGGACAGAAAUUAUUCUAUUGGUAAAAACCAGAGCAUAUUAAGGAGGCCGGGGAUGGACUUUGUUACUGACUUUUUAUUGUCCGACAAUUAAACUCUUUUUUUGUACAAA